AGUUAUUUGACUUACAUGUCAACAAUGUGCAUCCACAUUUUUUAAAUAAAAAUAAACAAAUUAGAGUAUGUGAGUGUGAAUUACAAUGAGUAACUCGACACCUUCGUCCCGGACUGCCCAUAACCCUCGUUAUAGUAACAGCAUAACAAAAAUUAUCAAAAACAGGGAGUUGGGGCUUGGAACAUACAUCGGGUGUGAAGAUGAUAUUGUGGCAAAAGUCUACAGCAGUAUUGACAAGUACAAAAAGAGUAGCUUCAGCCCGGGAAGGAGCCGAGGCGGUAUUUUCAACCUGGAGUUCAGCCUCGAUGGGAAACUCCUCGUGGCUGCCUGUGAACACAAUUGUGUUCUAAUUCACGACGCCUCCACCCAGCAAUUAAUAAAAACCAUGGAAAAAGCACACGACAACUGCGUCAACUGUGUCAGGUUUUUAGAUGAGCGGAUGUUCGCUACGUGUUCGGACGACAACACAAUUAAAUUAUGGGACACCAGGAACGUGAGGAGUGCCACGAAAACACUACACGGGCACUCAAACUGGGUGAAAAAUAUAGAAUUCCUAGAACGCGAGAACGUGAUGGUCACUUCAGCCUUUGAUGGGAGUAUAUAUGCAUGGGAUUUGAAAAGCCCCACUGAGAACAGCAUGUUGUAUGAUAAGGUUCUGUUAAUGAAUGGUUUAAUGAGAACUAAGUUAACUCCUGAUGGGUCCAAAAUGGUCAUUUCAACAACUGGUGGUUAUAUUGUUAUAGUCCAUGACCUUAAUCUGGCGACGUUAGCCAAUGAUUUUCGUUCAUUCAAGCCACUUUUGUACCGACUGAUGCAAACCAGCGGUCAAAGCUUCCCCGCUGCGACCAUCUUCAAUAAUCUUUUCCUUCCGACAAGGCGGAGAAACCGAAUAGAGUUUAUUUCCGAUUUCACUAUAGAAGCUGAAGUUAUAAGUUCCUUACAAAUUCACCCACAUGGGUGGAAUUGUGUGUCUCGAUGUGUGAGUCAGGAUGAGACUCAAGAGAUUACCUGUGUCCAUGACAUUCAAAAGCGUGAAGUUUAUCAGUAUGAAAACUGUGAAUGUUCAGAUGAAGAUGAAGCCUCUCAGAAUUCCGAUUCGGAUGAUGGUAACUCCACUUCGCGACCUACCGACCUCUGGAUGGGUUUCGUUUCAAAUUAUCAGUACAACACUGAACGACAAGCACAACCAAACUUGAUGGAAAAUUUCCAUUUACCUUCCAUGGGUAUAAUUAAUAGUGGACUGAUCGGUAGGAACAGUUAUAGCGAGUACUUCCAACAACACCCCGAAGACAAAAAUAAAGUUAUAGUGAACUUGCCGCGACUGACUCACCACGUUGAUGAGAAGAAUGUUGGCAGAGGUUAUAUUAAAGAGUUGUGUUAUUCGCCUGAUGGUCGCCUGAUUUGUUCACCAUAUGAUAAGGGAAUUAGGUUGUUAGGUUUUAGUGAGACUUAUCAAGAACUGACGUAUUGUGUUCCUGAGAGACCCCAACAGUUGAUAACGUUAGUUGAAAUGAACAAUUACCACAGCGGAAUUGUUGUUUCCUGUAAAUUUAAUCCCAGAGAUUUGACUUUGGUUAGUGGUUGUUUAGGUGGUGAGAUUGUGUGGUAUAAGCCGAUAUUGUAAAUUUCGUUUUUUUG